GGUGCCGUGUUUCCCCUGCUGCUCCAACGCCUUCUCAGUACUGUCGGGUUCGCAUGGGCUGUCCGCAUACAGGGGUUUCUUGCACUUGCGUGCUGCAUCAUCGCAACGCUCACAAUUUCGAGUCCUUUACCUAAAAAUAAAAACACACCAUGGAUAGACACCAAGUCAUUCCGCGAUACGAAAUACAUGAUGGUGUGUAUCGCAUAUGCUCUUAUAUGCCUCGGUUUAUUCAUUCCAUCCACUUAUAUCGUCCAAUACGCACAAGCACAAGGCUUGUCCCAAAAUAUCGGAUUCGAUCUUCUAUCCAUCAUGAACGCCGCCAACACCGUCGGACGCAUUGUUCCAGGCUGGUUCGCGGACAAAUUAGGGAGAUUCAACUUGAUGAUCCCCUCUGCUCUACUAGCCGGUGUUUCAUGUAUAGCCAUCUGGCUAUUUGCGCAUGAUACGGCGACUCUUGCAGCAUUCGCUGUGAUAUACGGUUUGUUUGCAGGUGCGACGAUGGGAUUGGACGUUGCUGUUACAGCACAGAUCUCGCCGCCGGAAAAUUUCGGUACACGCGUUGGGAUGUCCUACGCUUUCAUGUCUAUUCCAUCCUUGGUUGGAAGUCCCAUAGGAGGAGCCAUCUAUGCAAGCCAACAUGGGGGAUACUCAGGAAUGAUCGUGUUCGCUGCGAUCUUCAAUAUUCUAGGAUUCGUUUUCUUAAUGGCGGUAAAACUCAUGAUCAACCGGAAUAUCUUUGUUAUAGUGUAA